GAUUUACAAGAGGUGUUCUGUUGUUGGCUGUAUGGACGUCCACAAAUCCCUCCAUCGUGUCCCAGAGGACGAAAGAGCGACGUGGAUUGAUUUCAUUUUUGAAGGCGAAGUCCCGGCUACAGUUGGCAAAAACCUGUUGGUCUGCGCUAACCACUUUACGACUGACUGUUUCUCCAACUUAGGUCAGUACACGGAAGGAUUAGCUGUGAAACUUUAUCUGAACGUGGGGUCCCUUCCAACUUUGCCUGGAAUACCUGCAGACGAAGGACAUGCCUCAGAGCAUCCUGCAUCAUCGAAGUUACCUGCUACAAGGGAUAUUGGCUGCAAUACUGAGCCACCUCAGAGACACCAUGUUGGCACACAACUCUCUUUGAAGACUCUUCAUUCACAUUACAGAAGUGAAGCUGUGCAGGCUACUGUGUCCUUCAAGGACUUUGGCACAUCCACUGAUCCCUUCACAGGCCCACUGCCUGUAGCAUGCUCGACACCUGUAAAGCCGCCACCAUCUAAGAGACCUCGGCUGCAGCAGCAGGAGGAGGAGGGGGAGGAGGAUUGUCUCGAGGGCAGCGCAAUACUGGCUUCUGAAGGGCUGGACGCAACCUUUCACCCUGAAGACUCGGUCACAACUUUGCCUGAGUCAACAUUCAUGUCAGAUGCUGAAUCAACAUCCAAACACGAUAUAAGGAAGUACAUAGUGUACGAGACCUGUCUCAUGGAGCUGUUCGAGGUGUGUCCUGUGUGCAAGCGUGUUUGCAGUGUGAAAAACAAAGUGCUUGGGACAUUCAUAUCAGUGAAACAGCUGUGUGAGUAUUGCGAGUAUUCCCGAAUUUGGCAAAGCCAGCCUCUUCUGGAUAGCACACCAGCUGGGAACUUGCAGCUUUCUGCAGCAGUGUACAGCAGUGGAGCCUCUUUCUUCAAACUUCGAAGGGUGUUCAAGGCGAUGCAUCUGCAGAUUAUUCCUUUCGUCGGCAUGCCUGAAUGUUUAUAGAGCCAGCUAUUGUCCAUAAAUGGAACCAUUCCCAGGAUGUGAUGCUGCAGCAGCUCAGCGAAGAAAGAAAAGUAAUACUUGGUGGCGACAUGAGGGCUGAUUCUCCAGGGCACUGUGCAAAAUUUGGGAGCUACACCAUGAUGGACCUCAACACCAAAACUAUUGUCGAUCUCCAGUUGGUUCAGAGCAAUGAGGUUGGAGGAAGCUCCCAUAUGGAGAAGGAAGGCCUGAAGAGGAGCCUGGCAUUGUUGGAUGCACGUGGUGUAACCAUCGAUAGCAUCGUCACUGACCGUCAUCCACAAAUCCAGAAAUUUCUGAGGGACAACAACAUCACUCAAUUUUAUGACGUCUGGCACAUGGAGAAAGGAAUUACAAAGCGACUACAUAAAAUAAGCAAAACCAAGGACUGCCAGAAAGUAAAGACAUGGAUGCAAGCCAUCAGAAACCACAUCUAUUGGACGGCGGCAUCGUCAAUAACCGGGCCGGAGAGAGUGGCAAAAUGGACCUCCCUCCUGAACCAUGUUCAGGAUAUUCAUACUCAUGAUGAUCCCCUCUUCCCAAAAUGUCUACAUCCAAUUCGCAGCACAACGGACAAGAGUAGAUGGCUCUCAGGAGCAACUCCUGCAUUCUACAAGCUGGAGAAGGCGCUGACCAAGAAGACAGUCCUGAGGGAUAUAGCAAAGCUCAGUCCCCACCACCAGACGUCCUCUUUGGAGGCAUUCCACGCCGUGAUCCUGCGGUUCGCUCCUAAAAAUGUGGUCUAUCCAUUUCUAGGAAUGCUGUGCAGACUCUACCUGGCUGCACUGCAUUACAAUGAGAAUUCUGAUAGAGGACAAGCCACUACGUCAUCCGGGGAUCUUAUGUUCAGACUGACCUUUCCUAAGGCCAGGAAGGGAGAGUGCAGAGCCAAACCAGUGAAGACUGAGGCGACAUUCCAGUAUGUGAAUGAUUUGAUGGACAUGAUCAUGGAGAAGGUCUUUGUCGACCCAGCAUCCUACAGAGCUGAGAUUCUGAAGAUAAACAUCCCGCCGGAACUGUCUUCAGAAUAUGAGCAUUCAGACAAGGAGGAGGUCAUCACCAGCUACGUCUCCAAAUUUAAUCAAGGGAGGGUGGUUUGAAGCCUCCGUAUCUUCCAUGGGCAUCCGGAAAUUCCCGGUGUAUGCAAAGAGCCACGCAUGAUGGGAUAACAACCCGUAUCUUCCGCCCAAGGAAGCCCCAGCACCAGCUCACAAAAUUUCUGUAGGCUAAAUACCUGUAACGACUGAGAAAAUGUAACAUUGUUAGUCAACAGGUUCUACAAUGUCAACAUCUGUGUUCACAUUUUCUCAUUGAAUUCAGUGAAUUCUUCACUUAUACUGUAUUUAGAUGCACAAAUAUUCAUGACUGCGUUCAAUAAAUGUUUAUUGUAUCUGUACAAUGUUUUAUGUGAAUUAAUGCGUAAUAUGCAGUAUCUGCUUAUGUUAAAAUAUGAUGUGAAAUUGUGGCUUUGGCUGACUUUAUUUAGUUUAUUGUGUAUGAACAGUCAAGUAGGUUAUUAUAUGUAAAACUCACUGCUCUAUCCCCCGUAGUCGCAAAGGACCGUAGUCAGCUCUGUAGAUGUUGCAGGCGUUCUGCAGCGAGAACACAUUCAGACAAACCAGUUCUAAACCUGGAUGGUCUAUCAUGCAGGGAGGCCUUUCAUCCAGCUGUUCCAGCCGUCUUGUAACCUAUUAUGGAUAACAUGAGGUGAGUAUCUGCAGUGGCAUGUUAUCAGAAAUCAUGCACUGCAAACAAGUGUAGGUAAGGGUUAGGUAGCUGCUAAUGUUACCUGAGGCACCUCCUGACAGCAUAAGUUCUCCGGCUCUGACUGCAUUGUGGCACAAUUUCCACAUGUGCAC